UUUUAUUUAAGAGUAGACACUUCGAUCACAAUUUGAUUUUACUUUGUUUGUUUUACAGCUAAAGUCAAAUGUAUUUAGUUUGGUGAGCAUUACUAUGGUUACACUUACACACACUUACAUUUAGGUUAAAUAUUAAUUUUAAAUUUUAUCCGGUUUGGUUUGGUUAUACUAACGACACUAACGCCGAAAUAAAAUCAGCCAUUUGGUGUAAAUAGAAAUCAAUAGAAGUUUCAGGAGAUUAAAAGAAGCAUGCAGAAGAACAACAAACAACAACCAGAUAAUGAGAUUAGUAGAGAGGAUCAAAUUAAAAGCAAAAGAAGGAGAGAGAAGAAGGAGAAAGAAUCUUAAAAGCCAAAAAUCAAUUAGAUUAGAGAAUGAUUAAGCGCGAAGCAAUCUCCUCUUUAACUUUACAGUCGAUUAUUACUAAUUUAUCUCAGAAACAGAGGACUCUGUGUUCCUCUUAGCUGAUGAAUGGAUCCCAUCUAAAAUCAUCGUCCCAGGUUCGAUCCGCUCAGAAGUAGGAAACAAAAUGGGUUUUCUGUUUGGUUUGUUCAUAGGAAUCGCAGUUUCUGUCGGUCUGGUCGUUGCAUUUGCACGCUAUUCUAAUGUCAGAUCCACUCGUCGAGCUGAACUGGCGAGGACCAUUGCUGCGUUUGCAAGAAUGACUAUUCAAGAUUCGAGAAAACUUCUCCCAGGAGAUUUUUAUCCUUCUUGGGUUUUAAAUUGGCUUAAUCUUGAACUUGAAAAGAUCUGGCCUUAUGUAAACGAGGCAGCUUCUGAUCUGAUUCGGAGCAGUGUGGAACCAGUUCUUGAACAAUAUACACCAGCUAUGUUAGCAUCUCUCAAAUUCUCCAAAUUCACACUUGGGACUGUGGCUCCUCAGUUCACAGGAGUUUCCAUCUUAGAGAGUGAAAGUGGACCUAAUGGAAUUACGAUGGAACUUGAAAUGCAAUGGGACGGUAAUCCAAAAAUCGUGUUGGAUAUCAAAACUUUACUUGGUCUGGCUCUACCGAUCGAGGUGAAAAAUAUAGGAUUCACAGGUGUUUUCAGGUUGAUUUUCAAACCACUUGUUGAUGAAUUCCCUUGCUUUGGUGCACUUUCUUAUUCACUGCGGGAGAAGAAAGGGCUUGAUUUUACACUUAAGGUCAUUGGUGGUGAAUUAACAUCGAUUCCAGGAAUUUCUGAUGCAAUCGAAGAAACUAUCCGUGACGCUAUUGAAGACAGCAUAACAUGGCCCGUUAGGAAAAUCAUACCUAUAAUACCAGGAGAUUACAGUGAUCUGGAGCUGAAACCUGUUGGAAAAUUGGAUGUGAAGCUUGUGCAAGCAAAGGACUUAGCUAACAAAGAUAUGAUCGGAAAAUCUGAUCCUUACGCUGUCGUGUUCAUCCGCCCAUUGCGUGACAAAACCAAAAAAACCAAAACCAUUAGUAACUCGUUGAAUCCUAUCUGGAAUGAACAUUUUGAGUUCAUAGUGGAAGAUGUAUCAACUCAACAUCUAACAGUGCAGUUGGAGCUGCUAUAUUGUCCCUUAGGCAAAAAAUGUGGAUUCAAGAAUCCGUUUAACCAAAACUUCUCAUUGACCAUUUUAGAGAAGGUGCUUAAGCCGGAAAGCGAGGAUUCGGAUGCUACGGAUGUAAUAAAAUCUCAGAGCCCAAAGAAAAAAGAUGUUAUUGUGAGAGGAGUGUUGUCCGUGACGGUGGUUGCUGCUGAAGAGUUACCAGCUGUAGAUUUAAUGGGGAAAGCAGAUCCGUUUGUGGUUAUCACGUUGAAGAAAUCUGAAUCGAAAUCCAAAACGAGGGUUGUACCGGACAGCUUGAACCCGGUUUGGAACCAGACGUUUGAUUUUGUAGUGGAAGAUGCUUUGCAUGAUCUCCUGAUUCUUGAAGUGUGGGACCAUGAUAAAUUUGGCAAGGAUAAAAUAGGGAGAGUGAUAAUGACAUUGACAAGAGUGAUGAUAGAAGGAGAGUUUCAAGAGUGGUUCGAGUUAGACGGAGCAAAAUCAGGCAAGCUUUGUAUCCAUCUCAAAUGGACUCCAAGGCUUAAACUCCGAGACGCCUCUUGAUUCCUUCUUCCUACUACUCUCUCAACACUCGACACAUUACUUUCCUUUUUAAUGUUUCUUUUUUUGUUGUUGUAUAGUUUGUGUGUUACGUGGCCUGUUGAUAUCGUGGCAUGGUCAUUGAGUUAAAUAUAAAAUGUAGACAGCUCAAUGUAAUAUUCGCUCGUAUAAUAAGAUUCUAGUGCUUCGUUGUGAAAGGACAAAAAAUAAGAUUCUUAUGCUGUUCUAGAAUUUGCUAAGUGUAAGACGCUCACUGCUCGUGAGGUAUAUUCAAGAGUAUCG